AUGUGGUUGAACUAUAUACUGAUAAUCACGCUCCUACAGGUCUUAUUUAUAGGCAUUGGACAUUGCAUUGGGUUUACUGGUCAAGUAGUUGGGAUUCCAUCUGAAAUCGAAAGCAUCCAAGACAGUGAAAACAAGAGUCCAGUAUUGAAUGGUGUCAAUUUUCAAUCACGGUUCAACAUCGAACUUAUUCCUUUAAAUAACAUUACGAUAUCCGAAACCUUCAAAGUUUUAGCAAACAAAGAUUUCGUAUUUAAGUUCAGUAAUUUGGAAACCGGAAGUUAUGAAUUGCUCAUCAAUUCUUAUGAUUUCCUUCUAUCGUCAAACAGAUACAGAAUCCUAGUUGAAGAUCAAGACAUUAAAGCAUAUGAAGAGGAUUUGGGUCAGGAUACUUUUAAUUUUACUUCUGAAGCAGUUAUUUCUCAAGAGCCACUUAUCGUGCCUAUCAAAGGAAUUAAACAAUAUUACGAACACCGCCUGGGAUCGAUACUCAAUAUGUUAUUAGAUAGUCCCUUUGGAUUUAUAUUUAAGAACAAGAUCUAUACCAUACUCUUUGUGGUUUGCUCAGCGAUUAUGGUGACUCCCUAUAUUAUAUCUUGGGUAAACCCCGACUUUGCAGAACACUUCCAAGAAGUACAAGAAAGGGCAGAGACUAGAAAGAGAGAAGAGAGAAGUACUGCUAGCUUACAAAAGGAAAUAGAAAAAGUUCCUAAUAAGAGGAAUCAAAAUGGAGGAGGAUCUCUGAGACAAAGAAGAUGA